UUUUUUUUUUCAUUUAAAAACUAGACAUGGUGGAAUUUGUAACAUAAAAAUGACCCAUCAACAACUUAAUUCUAUUUUUACAAUUGUAGUGAGCGACACAGCUUUUCAAAUUAGUUGGAAAUCACUCAUCUCUGAUGGACCCAGUAACUUUUUUACACGGCAUUUCAUAAAGUCUAAUUCUCGCAUCAUUCACGUUGAUCGUAAUCCAAACACAUUUACACUUAUUAUGAAACAUCUUCGAGGCUAUCCGAUUGUAGCUCGUGAUGAAUGUGAACAUCAAGAUCUUCUCAAUGAUGCGUAUUUUUAUGAUCUUAAAAGACUCAAACAAUAUCUUAAAGAGUUUAUCUAUCUUAAUGUGGGUGGUACUCACUUUAGACUACGUUGGGAUAUCUUUAAUAAAGAUGGACAUAAUUAUUUUACGGGACCCCUUAAGCAUUCAUUACUAGCACCUCAUCCAUCUCCAGGUGAGGCUCUACCUUUUACAAUUGAACGUGAUCCAGAGACGUUUAAGGAUAUGAUUCGACACCUUCAAGGUUAUCAUAUUGAAAUUCGGGAUGAACAUCAUCGACAGUCCCUUUUAUCAGAUGCCGAAUUUUAUUUAUUUCGAAAGUUACGAGAUCAAUUAUGUAAAAGUGAGAAUAGACAAGAAGAUGAGAUUCUUAUGUUUAUAGAGGAUGUCAGACCGGCCUCUUUCCAAAAGAUAGGUAACUGUAUAGGAUAUGAAAACGAUGGACGUCUUUAUGAGUCAUUAUUAGUAGAAAUAGAUGAUGUGAAUGUAAGAUGGUAUGGUGGCCAUGUAUUUUUAUUAGAGAAACAUAUAAAAUUACCAAAGGAUCCAAACUGGUCCAUUUUAGAAACCAUCACGUUGGACCCUCAUUGUGCUAUUGUGAUGGACGACAAGAUAUGGAAUCUAACAGAGUUUAUUGAACAGCUUUCUAAUUCAAACCAAAAUUGGUUUGGUAUUGAAAAGUCCAUUGCUAAAGUCUUUCCCGUCGUUUUAGAAUCGUUAUCAAAGCAAAGGUUAUCCUUGUCUAUUCUUAAGAUGCAGGUUAUUUUAUCAAGGACACAGGCUAAUAUGAAGCGUGAAUUUUUAAAUCCUUUAUAAUUACCAUAAAAGGAAAAUUAGAAAUCGGGUAGAUUGCAGAAAAAAUUCGAUUUUUAAAUUAUCAUAAUAAAGUCUAGUAUUUUUAUUAUUUAUUUAUUUA